AAAAAAAAAAAAAAAAGAAGAAGCCAAAGCCAACAACAGAAAGAGCUAAAAAUAUUCGGCGCUGUUGGCACCGGAGCCGUUCGGCCGCCGCGCGGGGCUGAGCAGCGCCGGCACUGCGGGCAGCUGAGCUCCCCAAAUGGCUCCGGGUCGGACUACAGCUCCCAGGAGGCACUGCUGAGCGGGGCUGGGGGGGUUCGGAAGGAACCCUGAGAAAGGGGGUUUAAAGGAAAGGGGGAAAAAAAAAAAAAACGGGGGGGAGAAAUAAUGUUGUGGCGUUGUUUGGUGAAAGGCGUCGCUGAGGGCCGCGCGGUUGUGGCGGAGCUGCGCUUCGGAUGGCGGCUGCUUUUGGAUGUGAGACGGGCCGGGGGGGGUCAGCCACAUUGAUAUGGGGAUGGGGGGGUGAGGGGGUGAGGGGGAAGCACCCCCGGGCUGAGCUGAGGGUGGGAAACACACGGCCGGAGCGGCGUCAGGGCUGCGAUUUUUGCCCUUCUGAUGUAUGUAUGGAUUAACCCACAGCCGGGAUCGCGGCGCAGCGGCGGCGGCACAGAGCUGUGCUGCCUGCAGGAACUGCUCUGCAGCACGGACACGCUGCAACCCCUGCACUGCUUUGCAACCGGGGCCAGGCUGCAGCCCUACGGCAGUUUGCAUCGUGGUGCCGCUUUGCAGCCCGGCCGUGCGGUGCCGUUCUGCAUCACAGCCACGCAGUCCGGGUUUGCAAUGCUGCCGGUGCUCCGUGGCCCCGCUGCUGCUUUGCAACCUUCUCCCGCUUUGCACCCCGCUGCUGUUUUGCACCUCGGUGCCUCCGUGCAGUUUGCAGCCCCGGUGCUGCGCUCUCCUCCGCGCAGCUGUGCGCUGCAUUCCGGGUUCUGGCCGAACGCUGCUGGGCCCUAAAACAGGUGGGGAUGGGGGGGCUCCUGCUUGGCCUUGUGGCCCCGCAAUGGGGGUUUUAAGGGGGUUCGCCUGGAGCUGGGCUUGGAGCUAUCCGGGGCCGUGGGGGCUGCGGUGCUGGGAUUGCUCCGCGUUCUGAAAAGUAGGUGUCAAAGUUAAAACAGAUUUUGAGAUUAACUUGUCUACUCCUUAUUAGUGACACUUCUGCGGAAGAUUACUGCGGGGCUGGGGGGGUGGAGAGCGCACAUGUGUCGGGGAGAAGGAAAGCAGGAUGCUGAGAAACCCGAAUCUCGUGGAAUCGUGCUGGUGUGGGUCCGUCUGUGCACGGGUUGGGAUUGGGAUCUAUCGGGGUGGGGGGGAGUGGCUGCAUGUCCUCCCCCCCCAUCCCUCCUUUGUCCUCCAGCGCUCAGGCGGUGACCCUGUGGCGUGGGCUGGGGGGGCCCGGGGGCAGCACUGGGGGCUCAGGGCUGAGCCCAGAGGGAGGGCCGGGGGCUGCAGUUCCCCCCAACCCCUCAGAUCCUUCUGCCCGCCCCCUCCCCAUGCAGCCGCUCCGUGUCCCCGUGCCGACAGCCGAGCGGGCAGUGCUAGCGGGACGUAAAAAUAGCAGAUUUGGCGAUGGAGUGACUUUGCAAAGAUUCGCACGGGCUUUGAACUGCGGCCCCUCCCUCCUGCCCGCGAUAGCGGGUAAAUAAACACUCACCCAAUAAUCUCAUUCUUGGAGUUCUUCUUUAUCCGCUCCGUAAAACGAAACAGAUGGGCACGGAGCUGCGUCUCCAACCCCGGCACCGGCAGCACUCAGCCCUGCUGGGACCCCCAGGGCCCGGCAGCGACCCAUGGGAGGGGUGCAGAGCUUUGCUGCCUUUGCCUCUGCUUUUUUGCCUGCAUGCACAGGGUGAGAUUUGCUAACGCUUUGCACGAGGGGAUUUGCAUGGGGUGAAUAGGGCUGAGCGGGGGGACGGACAGCCCCUCACCUUCCCGGCUUCCCCGCAGCCCCAUCCUAUUGUAGGGCACGGAACUGCUCCCCAAAUGGCCUCUCCAGCAAUGGGGGGUACACAGUGUGCAACGGCCGUGUGCCGAGCGGCGUGCUGAGCGUGCAGCGUGCUUCAGUCGUGCAAGGAGUGUGCACCGUCCUCGUGAGCGGCGUGCAUGGAGCAGCGUGCGCCGACACGGCGAGCCAGCGUGCAGCCCCUGCUCUGCUCCGUCCUCCCCUUCCCUCCGUCAAAAGACGACAGAUUGCAAGUGGCACUUAGCACGGAGAGACUGCCUUGUGAUUACCCAUCGGAUAACAUUUUAAUUGUACUUCUGGCACUCUGUCAAGCUAAUUUGAACGGCGUUUCAAUAUUACAGCAUUUAUUUAGUGCCAUAACAAUAUGGAUUAAUCUUAAAUUAUAACGGCGGGGAAAUUAUAUUACACUUAUUUGCUAUUUGCCAAAUAUUUAAAGGGGCCACGUUGGGUUAAAACGCGCUUUGCACGGAGGGGAGCGCAAUGUGUGUGUGGGGGGGCAUCCCCAGCACCUCCCAGGGCUGGGAGUGGCACCUCCAGGGCUGUCUGGCAGACGUGGGGUUAUUAAUGACCGCCGUGUUGUCAUCGUGCUGGGAUGAGGAGGGGGCCGUGCAGGGGGGGUGUCCCCAGAGAGGGGUCCAGGACUCUGCUGUGCCCUCAGCCUCAUGUGCCACGUCCCGUGUGUGCUGUCCUGGUGACCCCAGUAGGGGGGGGUCCCGUCCAGCCCCACGUCUUGGCAUGCAGCCCCAGCCACGGCCCCGCUAGGAAUGUUCCAGCCCUGAAAUAGCCGAGGGAGUAACCCAACCCCACGGGGUGCGCACGUCGCAGCCGUGCACGCGGGGCAGCCCCGGGGACACCGCGGUGACAGCAUCCUGGGGGCAGUGCCCCUCUUCCAGCCCUGUGUCCUUGUGCCCCCGCUGCGUCCCGAGGGGGGCUGGAGGGGCUGACCCUUGUACAGGGGCAUGGUGUGCGUGACCCCCGUGCCUUGGUGAGGUUGGAAGCAGUGGGGCGUGGGAAAAGCCGGGGCCUUCCCAGAGAGGGAGGGAGGGAAGAAGGGAGGGAUGCUGUGUGGGAGCACGGCCGGGGACCCCCUCCCUUUCCCGGCAGUGCUGCUUUGGUUGUGUGCCUGUGGCCCCGCGCCCCGCUCUGGGCGGGCGCCCAGCAAGCAGCUCGGCCGGAGCAGAUGUGGCCGGAGUGCUCCUGCGGCCCCGCUCAGCACCAGGGGAAACUUUUCUGUCUUCCCAACACAUUCCCAUCUGCGCCGGGCGCGGGGGCGAAGCGUGGCGCUGGGGGAGCUCACACCCUUCCUGACCCCCCGCUGCCCGUCCCUGCGGGUCGUGCUGAGGCCGGGUGCGCUCGGUGCUGCGGUGACCCCAGUGAUGGCUUGGGGCUGUCCUGCAGAAAAGCCCCCACGCUCCCCCCGGGCUUCCCAGCCCCCGCGGUUUGGCCGGGGAUCAGAACGGGGAUCAGAAUGCAGUGCGGUGAGUUCCGCUUUUAACCCUUUCCUCUGUCCAGUCCAGCCUCGAUUGGGGGAUCCCAAAUCCGGCUGUAUGUCCCCACUGUGCCUCAGUUUCCCUGCUCAUGCUGCAGUGGCAGUGGGACACGAGCGGCUGUGUGCUGUGCCGUGGUUGGCACGGAUGCGGGCACACCGGGGAUAACCCCACAGCUGUGCCCUGAAUCCUGGCCCUGCUGGCUGUCAGCGUGGGGAGUUUGGUGCUGGUGCAGAGCCGAGAGCGGUGCCUGCAGGGCUGAGUCACGGCGCUGGCCUCGGGGUACGGGCAGCGAUGCCAGGGAGUUCCCGGCUGUGGGGCUGUGGGAUGGCACCGCCUUGUACUGCGUGGCUGUGGGGUGAGAUGAGUUCUGCACGGCCUCAGCAGCCUUUCAUCCCACAGCCCCGCACUGGGAGAGCCGAGGCCGUGGGAAGGGCUUCGAGCAGAGCCGAGCGUGCGAGCGGGGUGGGAACGUGGGGGCCUGCAUGCGCCUGGGGACCCAUCCGUGCCAGGGGGCGUGAGUCAUGGGUGGGACGCGCAGGGAGGGUGCGCUCCGGCCCCGUGUGUGUGCUGUGUGUUUUUCACAGCCUGUUUCACAGCUUCCAGAAGAGGCUCCUUCUGGAACCCUCGGCUUCCUGCCGAGCUCACUGCGUCGCCGUUCCCAGCUCCGCACCACGGUCCCUCUGCUCCGUCACCGCCGUGCCGCGUCCCGACCCAGGCGUGGGGGCCGUUCCCAGGGCCACAGCGGGCUGCGGCCGUGCCCCCGACCCACGCGGCCCCGACGGCCGGCGCAGGAAGGAGCGAGCUGCCUGAAACCACAUCCCCGACACUCAUCCCAGAGGCAUCCCGGCGGGAUUAGCCGGGGAGCGUGGGCAGGCUUAGAAAGCAAAGCAUCACUUCCUGCACCGGCCGGGCGGGCGGCCAGCACCGGUCCUCUGUGCCGAGCCGUGCCGAGCCGUGCCGAGCCAGGGAAGGGCCGAGCGGCCACGGCCCCGCCAGCCCACGUCGGCAAACACAUGCAGGCAGGAGCAGGGCCAAGCGUGGAGGGGCUGCUGGCUACCGGCUGCGAUGUUUCCACCAUGACCUCACAGCUUGGCCCGAGGAGCGGGGCAGGGGUGUCCCGGCGGGGUGCUCGGUGCCCCCCAGGCCGCAGGGCGGAGGCUGCCCUCUGCCCUCCCCGUCCUCUGCUGUGCUGACCUUCCUGCACACGUGUGCGUGGACACACACAUGCACACUGACAAAGCAGUGCCUGAUGCACCAGCGUUGCUCCAGGGAGCCGUGCUCUGGUCGCAGGCGGCUGUCCCCAUGUCCCCAGCCUUUGUGUCACCGCCUCCUGGGCACUGGCUGCGCUCCGACUGCUGCGGCUGGCAGCUGCCCCACUGGGAGCAGCAUGGUUCCGUGUACCCCAUCUGUCUGGCUUGGCACAGCAUGGCACAGCAAGGGGUUGCCCACAGCAGUUCGGUGCUGGGGUCACGGGGAGCUGCACGCAUGUGUGUGGGAUGCGCACACAGGGGCAGGGCAUGGGCGCUCCUCGUGCAGUCACAGCGGGGAGAUGUGUGGUCAAGUGUGUGUGCACGAGAUGUGUGUGUGCACAAGCAGUGUGCGUGCACAAGGGAUGCUGCACACACGCGGCCCUACAACAGGUGUCUGUGCACAGCUGUGCAAGCGCAGGGGGUGAGUGACUGUACCAGCACAGCGGGAGCUGAGGAUGUGGCUGCAAGGCAUGGCUCAGGGCACCCCCUGACUGUCUUCUCUCACCCCGCAGCAGGGAGCGGACUGAUGGGGAGUGCACCCGCCUCGUCCUUCAUGGGGAGCUUCCUGAGUGGCAGCCUGGGCUCGGGGGCCCCCAGCCACCCCUCGGGCCCCACCGCCUCCCCCCCAGAGCCGGCUUUCCGCGGGCCGCACUCCGGCACCUCCCAGAUCUGGUUCUCACACUCCCACGAAGCACCGGGGUACCCCCGCUUCUCCGGGAGCCUGGCAUCCACCUUCCUGCCCAUGAGCCACCUGGACCACCACGGGAACAGCAACGUCCUCUACAGCCAGCACCGCUUCUAUGAGAGCCAGAAAGAUAACUUCUACCUGCGCAACCUGCCCGCCCAGCCCGCCCUGCUCCCCGCCGGCCACGGCUUCCCCGGCAUCGCCCGCGCCGCCCCCGGCCCCCCCGCCGGCUCCUGCAGCCGCGAGCGCGACGCCGGCCCCCUGCCCAAGACCCCCAAGGACUACGACCGCUUCCUGGCGGCCAAGGAGAAGGCGAGCAAAGCGGACGGCAAGGAACGGGUGCCGGAGGACGAUGGCAAGGAGCGGCACCGCGCCGUGCUGCCGGUGCCGCCCGAGGGGCACUGCAAGGAGGGGCUGCCCCCCCGGGCGGGCGCCAAGCACCUGCCCUCCUGCCUGCUGGGUGCCAAGGGGCUGGAGGGCGACGGCCGCGCCGCGCUGCCCAGCUGUGCCGGCAGCGCUCUGCCCCGCGCCGUGCGCUGCGCCAAGGAGCCGUGCCGUGAGCCCGCCGCCCCCGAAGCCCCCCCGGCGUACGGAGAGUGCCUGGAGCGGCGGCAGAUGCUGCACCACGCCGUGUCCUACGCUGUGCCCGCUGGUCCGGCCCCGCUCGGCGCCGCCGCCGCCGGUUCCUUCCCCUGUCUGCAGCUGCACGCCGGCCCCGACGUGCUGUGCCCGCUGCCGGAGAAGGGCGGGCGGGAGCUGAAGCUGAGCGGUGCCACCUUCGUGCCUUCGGUGGGACACCUGACGGACAAGAGCCGCUCCUUCCAGGUGGCGGCCGAGGGCUGCGGGAUGGAGCGCGCCGAGGGCAAGGAGCGGCACGGCGACGCCGAGAACCCCGGCGCUGCCUACGGGGCUGCGUUCCACCACGGCAAAGCUGAGGGCAAAGCCGAGCGCAGGAUGGAGUGGGGCGGCCCCGGCGCGCGGCUGAAGGGCUUGGAGUACCUGGGGGGCGGGGGCGGGGGGGCGGCCGAGGGGACCCCCUAUGCUGCCCUCGGCCCCCCACCCAAGGGCGCCCUGGAGAAGGGGUACUUCGAGGUGCCGCCUGCCCCCGACUGCGCCCGCGCCCCGCACCACGGCGAGCCGCUGGGCGCCAAGCUGGGCCCCUCCUGCUGCACUUUAGAGAAGGGCCCCAAGGAGCCCCCCCCGCAGAAGGUGGCGCGGAUCCGGCACCAGCAGCACGGCACCGGCGCCGAGGCGGAACAGUCCGAGGGUCAGCGCAAAGCUCUGGAGCUGAACUCGCUGGGCUACACCGCACCCCCCCUGCCCCCCUGGGGCGUGCAGGGCCAGGGCCCCCCCAUGGGCAUGGCGGAGGAGAGGAAGGGUUCCUACCUGGACCCCUUUGGCACGGGUCUGCAGCAGGCUGCACUGAUGACUCAGGGCUCGGUGCUGAGCCAAGAUAUGCCCACCCCCCCGGAUGAGGUCUCGGCCAUGAAGAACCUCCUCAAGUACAGCAACCAAGCACUUAUCGUGGGUCAGAAGGCCGCUCCCUUCGUGGGGCUGGGCGGCAUCAAGGGCAGCUGCGCCCACCAGGAUGCCAAGUUCCCCCCCCCGGCCAAGGGGCAGCCGGAGCUGCCGGACUGCGCCCGAAGCCGUGAGCACGAGCUGGGGCACGGCGAGGGGGAGGUGCGGCAGCCACCGGUGGGCAUUGCCGUGGCCGUGGCACGGCAGAAGGAUACGCUGAGCCGUCCUGAGCCUUCCUAUGGCAGCGGGUCCGGCCGGCAGGGUAGGACGGCUGCUGGCAUCAAAGCCGGCACCACGCGGCCCAUGCACGUCAUCGACCUGGAGGCAGAGGAGGAGAGGGGACGGCUCUGCGAGGAGCGCCUGGGGCUGCCGGGACGAGAGCUGCUGCUCCAGGACAACAAGGAGCUGGUGGAGUUUGCACGGAUGCACCCCUCGGGGGGUUGUCCCGGAGACCUCACCCCCCACCUGAUGAUGGCCGGGGGCUCCUCGCUGCCAGCAGGGCAGCUCGGGGGGGACCCGGCUGCCCACGCACACCCAGCGCACACGCAUUGGCUGCCCCGCACCCGCAGCCCCUCCAUCUGGAUGGGGGGGCACUCCUACGGCAUUGGCCACCCCGCGCUGCACCAGAACCUGCCACCCGCCUUCCCCACCUCCAUGCCCAGCACCAUGCAGCCUGUCUUCCCCCUCUCCCAGGAGCCCCCCACCCAGCUCGUCAUCCUGCCCACCGAGCCCCCCGCCCACGGCACCCCCCACACGCUGGGUGAGGCUGCUGACGUGAUGGACCAGGCGUCACUGUGGCCCCCCAUGUACCCAGGCCGGGGUCCCGGCGCCCACCUGCAGCACACGGGGCAGCUGCCUGUGUACUCACGCUCCCAGUUCCUGCGACAGCAGGAGCUCUACGCCCUGCAGCAGCAGCGGGCGGCCCAGGCUCUCGAGAUCCAGCGCCAGGCUCACGUCCAGCGCAAGCCGGAGGAGCAGCCCCUGGAACUGGAGAACGUGGGUCCCGAGAAGCCCCUCAAGCCCUCUCACAAAGCAGUUGCCUUAAACCCCCCGGCCAAGGGCAUGUCGUCGGCUGCACCUGGGCCUCCCAAGCUGUCCCCUUGCUGCCACUCCCCAGCCCUGCGGCACCCGGCCAAGUGCCCCGUGGCGCUUCCCACGGCCCCCUGCACUUUACCCGUCUGCCCCACUGCCAGCUCUGCCGUGGCCCCGCGCUCCCCGGCUGACAGCCCCGUCCCCGUGCAGAGCAAGGGCAGCGACGGCGAGGACAAGCGUGGGGAGGGACAGCCGCCCCGUGACUACCCCAAGUCCCUGGAGCCAGACCUGCCCCCAGGGUACAGCUACCCCGCGUCCAGCAUGGGCUUCCCGGAGGUGCCCCCCGCCGAGCCCGCCGACCCCGACACCAUGCAGGCGGGCUCCCCACCAGCUGAGCCCGAGCAGUCACGGACCUUCAGCCCGGCCCAGGAGCCCGUCGCUGCGCGGGAGCUGCCAUCCACGGGGGCUGCAGCCGAGGGUCCGGGUGCCGUGCUGCACCGGCACCACCUGCUGCUGGCUGCAGCGUCGGGCGCUGUGCCUGGAGAGGAGAACUUUGGUGCGUGCAGGGAAACGGCAGCGGUGUUGGAGCAGAGCUCUGUAGAGCAGCAGCACCCGGUGCCCACGGAGGGAUCCUCCCCGCUGGGCCCCCCGGAUGGCGAGGAGGAAGAGGAGGAGGAGGAGGAUGAAGAAGAGGAAGAAGGCGACAGCGAAGGCUCAGGGCCGGAGGGCAGCUGUGAUGAGGAGGAGGAGAGCGAGGGCCCCAACCGUGCACCCAGCAGGCAGCAGUGCUGCACAGGAGGGCUGGAGGCUCUCAUCGCCGCCGGCAUCGACCUGGGGGAGCUGCCAGCGCUGGGGUCCCCCGGGGAGCCCCCCCCAGCACCUCCUUCUCCUGCACCCUGCACUGUGGGACUGCCUGGCAUCGCGCUGCUCAGCGAGCUGGCCGAACUGGAGCUGCGCCAACGCCGCUGUGACUCGGCUGUGGAAGGGGAGGACGAGGAUCUGCUGGCCUUCAACCUACAGAAUCUGGCCACGGUGGCAGCCGCCUGGUCGCUGGUGGAGGCGGCCAGUCGGGAGGGCAGCCCCCCGGCACUCAGCCCCCUGCCCACCUCCCCGCCGCCCCGUGCCCGCGUGCCGCGCCGCAAGUACACCUGGACCCCCAAAACCAAGGCGGUGUGCCCGCUGAAGGCGGCCAUCGAGCAGCUCAACACUCAGGAGGUGGAGGUGCGGAUGCGGCUGGCUGAGCUGCAGCGGCGCUACAAGGAGAAGCAGCGUGAGCUGGUGAAGCUGCAGCGGCGGCAUGACCACGAGCGCGACGAGAGCUCACGGAGCCCAGCACGGCGCGGGCCGGGGCGGCCGAGGAAGCGCAAGCACUGCAGCACGCUGGGCCGGGCCGAGAGCCGCAAGGUCAAGGCGGUGCAGAGCAGCCUGUCCCUGCUGUGUGCCGAGCUGCGCGCUGAGCCCCAGCCCAAGAAGAAACGCAGCAAACUGGAGCAGCAGUACGGAGCCAUGGCGGGGGCUGCGGAGAAGGUGAGGUGCAAGAAGAGCAGCGCGCAGAGCAAGCUGGCCUGUAAGGUGGCUCACAAAGUGUCGCAGCUGAAGCAGAAAGUGAAGAGCAAAGGGCUCCCUGCUGGCAUCAGCCCCUUCCGAAGGAAAGAGCCCAACCCUGGCAGCCGCAUCCAGAAGAAGCUGUCCCGCCCCAAGAGCUCCAAGGGCACAGCCAAGUACCAGCCCCAGGAGCCUGACCCCUGUGAGAUCCCUGGCUUCAAAGAUGGGCACAACGAGGACUCAGACAGCGAUGAUGGCGAUGAGGAGCCUGACCUGGCUCUGCUGCCCUCGGUGCCCAUGGCUGUGCUGGGGCCCUCCCCGUCCUCUGUGGUGAAGAUGGAGGCCAACGAGAAGGCGAAGAAGAAGAAGGAAAGGCAGGGGCUGCUAGGACCGUGCCGCCUGGGCAGCCCUGAGGGCGAGGUGAAGAUCAAGCGGCGGCCAGGCAAACCGGGUGCUGGCAAGCUGGAGAAGGUGCCGGCACGGCGCAAAGCGGGCAGCUGUGAGGAGGGGAGCAGCAAGAAGAAGCUGAAGGCAAAACCCAAAGAAAGCCUCCGGGCGGCUGUAAGCGGCGGCCCCAGCUCCUCCGCCCCCCCCUCUGCCUGCAGCCUGUUUGGUGCUGCGGACCCCCGGCACUUUGGGGCGAGGGAGGACGGCGCACGGCUGGCCAGUGAGCGGCUCAAGAAGGCCACACGCAAGAGCAAAGUGCUGCAGUCAGCACUGCGGCGGAAGAACGGGGCCCUUUCGCUGGCCCUCUCACCCCGGAGUGCCAAAACCAUCCUGAGCAAGGGCAAGAAGCUGGGCAAGGUGAAGAGCAAAGUGGCCAGCAAGCAGUGCAAGGGCCGGGCGGUCAGCAAGCUGCUGGAGAGCUUCACCGUGGAGGACGACUUCGACUUCGAUGACAACAGCAGCUUCUCAGAGGAGGAGGAGGAGGGCAGUGCAGGUGGGCGCCGCUCCCCCCCACCCCACACCUGCGCCAUCCAGAAGGAGGACCUGCGGGAUGGGCUGCACAUCCUCAUCCCCAAGGAAGACAGCCUGCUGUAUGCUGGCAGCGUGCGCACCAUCCAGCCCCCCGACAUAUACAGCAUCAUCAUCGAGGGUGAGAGGGGGAACCGGCAGCGCAUCUACUCACAGGAACAGCUGCUGCAGGAGGCAGUCCUGGACGUGCGGCCACAGUCACGGCGCAGCCUUCCUCCCGGCACCCGCGUCUGCGCCUACUGGAGCCAGAAGUCACGCUGCCUGUACCCAGGGAACGUGGUGCAAGGCUCCUCCAGCGACGAGGAGGAGGACGACCCCGAGGCGGUGAUGGUGGAGUUCGAUGAUGGGGACACGGGGCACAUCGCCGUGUCCAACAUCCGUCUGCUGCCACCUGACUUCAAGAUCCAGUGCACAGAACCGUCCCCUGCACUGCUGGUGUCCAGCUCGUGCCGGCGGAACAAGCGCUCCUGUGGCGAUGUGGCUUCCCCUGGUGAGCUGCCCCCCGGAUUGUGCACCGAGAGGCACGAUGGCCCCAAGGGCCCCAGGAGUUCGGGCAAGAAGGCGAUCUGCAAGGAGAAAAGCGGCAAAGCCCUGGAGCUGCUGUCGGGCAGCCGUGCGCCGGCGCUGGGGGAGCCGCUGGGGCGGCGGGGCGGCCCUCUGCUCAGCUGGUCGGCGGUGGCGCAGACGAAGCGGAAGGCGGCGAGCAAAGGCACGGCCGUGCUGCAGAACCUCUUCCAGGUGAACGGCAGCACCAAGAAGCUGCGUGCCAAGGAGGCCCUGUUCCCCGUGCACCACCACGUCGCCGCUCCCGUCUUCGGCAACGGCUUCGGGGCCGACUCGUUCAGCCGCAUCGCCAGCUCCUACGCGUCCUUCGGAGCCGGCGCCGGGCUGGUGCUGCCAGCUGCACAGAAGCUGCUGCGCUGCAAGAAGGCGGAGCGGCUGGAGGCUGAGAUGGGCAAAGGCAGCCGGCGCAGGGCUGGCGGCGAGUUCCUGGUGAAGCUGGACCACGAAGGGGUGACGUCCCCCAAGAACAAGAACUGCAAGGCCCUGCUUCUGGGCGAGAAGGACUUUGGGGCCAAGCUGGAGCGGCCGCUGGCCAGCAGCUACGCGCACUCGGCGCUGGGCAAGGAGAGGAAGGGGAGGGCGGCCGUGCACCCGCUGCCCGUGGGGCUGGCGCUGCGGAAGUACUCGGGUCAGGCCGAGUUCAGCCUGAACUGCGACAGCGACUGCCACAGCUCCUACUCGGACAUGGAUGAGGAGGAGGAUGCGGGCGGGCUGGGUGCCGACGUGCCCUCGCGCUUCAUGACCCGCCUGUCAGUGUCGUCCUCUUCCUCGGGCUCCUCCACCUCCUCCAGCUCCGGCUCCAUCUCCACCUCCAGCCUCUGCUCCUCCGACAACGAGGACUCGUCGUACAGCUCGGAGGACGAGGACUCGGCUCUGCUGCUGCAGACCUGCCUCUCGCACCCGGUGCCGGCGCUGCUGGCACAGCCCGAGGCUCUGCGCUCCAAAGGCUCCGCGCCGCAGCGCUGCUUCCUCACCAAGGCGGCUGCCGCCGGCCCCAAGGCCAAGCUCAAGCGCAAGGAGGCCCUCAGCUUCUCCAAAGCCAAAGAGUUCUCCCGGAGGCAGCGGCUGCCCUCGGUGGAAAACCGGCCAAAGAUCUCCGCCUUCCUGCCCGCGCGCCAGCUCUGGAGGUGGUCAGGGAACCCCACGCAGCGGCGGGGCAUGAAGGGGAAGGCACGGAAGCUGUUCUAUAAGGCCAUCGUGCGGGGCAAGGAGACGCUGCGCAUCGGGGACUGCGCCGUCUUCCUGUCGGCCGGGCGGCCCAACCUGCCCUACAUCGGGCGCAUCGAGAGCAUGUGGGAGUCCUGGGGCAGCAACAUGGUGGUGAAGGUGAAGUGGUUUUACCACCCCGAGGAGACCAAGCUGGGCAAGAGGCAGAGCGACGGCAAGGUGUGGGGUGGGGUGGUUUGGACACAGGAUUGGGGAUAGGGGUGGUUUUGGGGUAGG